AUGGCAGGUAACAAGCGAUCCUGGGAAGGCAAUCUUGUGAACAUCGAGAAGACACAGACAAACAUGGCGGCAGCACCAAUCGACCAGUCUUCUACACAGAUUUUCUCCAUGUUCGAGACCUUCCGCGACGAGCUCGAUCAGCACCACGACCGCCGAGAACGAGUGAUCAAGACGAGCAGAGAUAUUACAGCAUUGAGCAAGAAGAUCAUUCGCACAAUAAAAGCCCCCAUCCCCGCCCCAAUCGCCAAAGAGACCAAAACCCGCUUCGACCAAAUCUCCACCCUCUUCCAGAACGUCAUCCCCGAUGUCACAGGCCUCAACAGCUGGCGCUACCAGCGCCAACUCAGCGGCGCCAUCCAGGAAUUCAUCGAGGCCCUCUCCUUCAACCACUACCUACAGACCCAAACCCUCAUCUCCCACGCCGAAGUCGUCGCCGCCCUUCCCGCCGAGAUCCUCGUCACCGAAGAAGAUUACCUGUUGGGCCUAUUCGAUCUAACGGGUGAAAUGAUGCGGUUUGCGAUUACGUCUCUGUCGACGGGCGGGCAGGCAGAUAGCGGUGGCGAUGAUUUGGCGGCGCGGGAUAUUGCUGGCGCUGGCGCGAAUCAGAACCUGCCGAAGCUGCCGGCCACGCAGGCGGGUAUUGUGGUUGACUUGAGGGAGAUGCGGGCGUCGUUUGAGUUGCUGAGCGUGCCGCGGCGGCAUGCGAAUAAUAUGUAUCGGGAUAUGGGAAAGAAGGUGGAUGUUAUGCAGAAUAGUGUGGAGAAGGUUGAGCGGGCUGCGUAUGGGAUCUUGGUGCGUGGUAGUGAGCGGCCGUCGGGGUGGACGCCGGAUCUGUCGGGGCCGGUUGAUAUGGAGGUUUAUUGA